AUGUCAACCACAGCGAAACAAAUGCCCGCUGGCCUAGGAAUUGCUCUCGAUUCACAGUUUCCUCAUGGAUCGCAGAGUAUACAGAGUCGUGCGCUCAAAUUCAUGUUGUUACACUUCCUGAUUUCUGAGUCGUACUACUGUUUCACAUCUUCCACAGACACAGAGCGUGUAGAGGAAUGCCUCAACAGCUCGGAUCGCAUUGCCACGGCUUUUAACGAGGCUGACAAAGGCGCAUUUAUACGAUCCGAAACCCUCUUCGACUUCCAAGUAUCUCAGACGAGGAACACUACCGAGCUGAAGGCUCUCCUGGGCAAUGGAAAUGCACGCCUCAAGUCAGGUGCAGCUGUACAAGCUGUACUCGACACACCAGGGUCUCAAAUUAUGAAAGCGAAGCGGGCAGAUCUGGAUACAAUUCGUCUCGAACAAUCCAAACACAAGGCCCGUCUCGAGGCGGACAUCAUCCUUGACAACAACAUUGUCGUACAAGGUGGCCAUCUGCGAGGUCACAUCAAACUCCGCGUUCGUAAGCGAUCAAAGAAAGAAGCAGCCGUACUGCUCAGUGACGGAAAAAUUCGCGUUGUCGGAUUUGAAUGUAUACCAGGUCAGGAUGACCGUCAUACAUUCUUCCAAUGCGUUGUUCCUCUAUCACAAGUUGCCGAAGGCGUACAUAGCCUAUACUCCUCCCCGCCGAAUCCAGGAGGAUUUGCGCCUGCUAUGGAAGGCGCUCACGUUUUCCCGUUCUCAAUACAUAUACCCUCAACUGGCGCUUCUGGAACUGCUAAGGGAGUCCUUCACGUCCACUCGGGCAUCGCAGUCCAGUACAUUGCUAUGAUCUCCAUGAAGAUGCAGAAUCCUAACAAUGGUAAACGAUCUAUUGCGCAUUUCUACAGGAAUUGUGAGGUUUGGCCGCAGCUCAAUCCUGCUGUGGUUCUCGCUUCAGCUCCACGUCCCCUCCAGGCCGCUACUAGCAAAGGCCUCUCUGUGCUUGGCAAUAGUAGCAAAGUUAAGAUGACGGCCCUUUUGCAUCGACUUACUUGGAUAGCAGGCCAGCGGUGCAGCGUAAGCCUUGUCGUAGUCAACGAGACGAAGAAAACUAUUCGGAGUCUUGCUCUCACGCUCAUUCGAACGACAACCAUUUUCCGGCCGAAGCCGAUGCUAGAUGCCGGACCUGCUCGUUCUGCGGAUCCAGAUGCAUGCCAAACUACAACUAUGCAUAAAGUUGUUUCCGAAUCAGUCCUUGAGAUGGCGCAGCGGGGGGUAAAGGGACAUGCCAGCGCGAAAGGUUGGUGGACUGGUGUGGCUCCUGGCCAGGAAUUGUCGUUCUCUCAUUAUGUCCUAUUGCCGCCGGAUGCGCUCUCAGUGGCGCGCGGACGUCUUCUCGAAGUUGAAUACUCCAUCCGUGUCACCCUGAGCGCAGGUCCGCUAACUUCGGACGUCCACGUCACGCUGCCGAUACGAAUUAUUAAUUUCUUAUCGAUUGACUCGAAUCCAAGCGAUCUGUUACAUUCAAUGGCGGGGGCUCACGUCCGGCCUCUGCGGCGGCGGCGUUCCAUCGAUGGUGAGUUAGAUCCGAGGGUACAUUCAGUGAAAGGGUGGUCAAUGCUCGCGCAUGGUCUCCCUGACAGUCGGACGAGCUCAUUGGUCUGUUCCGCCUCUCGUCACAAGAGUACUCUCAAUCCUCCUCAGCGGACUGCCAGUGUUGAAGGGCUGAGAAGUCCUGGUCGCAUUGCGCCUGCAAGUAUAUCAACUGGAGCAUUGCGCAUUACCAACCCUGAUCGCCACCCCUCCUAUAUGAGCGGUCUAUCAAAUACCGAAGACGAAGAUUCUAGCGCGCAUUCCUCAAAUAGCUCUUAUUCGUCAAGCGUGGAUGGAUGUACCUCGUCAUCUGAACCCGAGUCUAGUCAACUUGAAGGCGGGAUAUCUGGUGAUUCAGACUCAGAUGAAGAGGUACAUAUGGUGCUUAAUUCAGCUGCAGUAGAUGAGGAGGAGAAUGGCUCAGAGCUCACAAUCGCUGGCCCUGAGUAUGGCUCAUGUGCGUCACGGGUGAAUGUGCCCCGCCCUACGGGUCCUAGAUCAGAAAGCUAUCUCGAAAGAGGUAGAAAACCCUAUCGGGAUCAUAGUCACAGCCAGUACUCGGUGAGGAACGCUUCCGCAUGCCAUGCCUCAUCCGAGAACCCGGGGAAUAUCGAAGGUUUUUCUCAGCGCGUCCAUGAGAGGCUUACUGCUAUCACGACAACUCAUUCUGACACCGUUUCGCGAAUCAAAGAAGGUGACGACGCGGACAAUAUCCAUCAUUUACAGAUAGGUUGUGACUCUGAAGGAAAUGCAGGGCUGGAAGGAGAAGUUACCCCUAAGCUUGGACAUCGCCUUUUGCUCUCUCCGUUGGGUAAACCUGUGCGUCCGGCUCGAAAUCCAUCCAGGAGAUGUGGUGUUCGUGCGCAGCCGAUCCAAGAUGAAAUCAUCGGUCAUGCAUCUAAGACACCGUCUAUCUGUGAUGUCAAAAACUCACACGUCUUCAAUCAUUCGGAGACUUUGGCUACUCCCGCCAGGAAUCAUUCACCAACCGUGGAUCAAAUGCCCUCGAUUUACAGUGCUGCUCAUCGCAAACUUCCACAUCUGCCUCAUGGUCACUUCACGCCGGACAGCUCCUCAACGUCGUUAUCUCCACUGCUCACCGCCCCGGCACUCUCAUCGAGCGUGCAUCGUGGCCUCCCUGUAGCCCAUUCAGUUUGCUGCACCGCGUCCGGCGAUAGCUCAGCUACCGUCGAUUCUCGGCCGAUACAUCCUUCCGCCGAGCUUACCGGUUCCAUUGUAGAGUCAUCAGAUCAACACGCCAGAUCUCAUGGAGAAGUUGCUAUCGUAGACGCACAACAGCAUUGUUCAAGCUGCGCAUGCGCUUUGCACGGAGCAGCGCCAAGUUAUGUAGCCCUCUGUCGGGUGCAUAGAGAGAAGCUUCCCAUUUGUCCCGUCGAGGAAUCCCCAGCCGAUGGUCAUGGCGCAACGUAUGGUCGUGCACUGCCCGAGUGCCCGCGCCCAGAGAUGCACUGUACCUCAAAAACUCACUGUCGCGCUCAGCCCAGCCAACAGCGCUCUGUGUUCACAGAGAAGACAGGGUCCACGGCGACACGAGGGCGUCCCGUGACGGCGCUGUACUUCACCGGAAUUUCUGAGAACGAUUGUCGGGGAGGGGAGUAUGCGACUGCGGUGAAGGGUCGUAUCGCCGAGCUCGAGGAGCGCGUACGAGGUGCCCAGGGCGACGGCAACGGGUUUGUUUGA